UCGAGUAUUUACCCUUAUCUAAAUUAUAGCAUCAACCAUGGACACCUAUCCCAUCCUAAAGAUGCACCACUCCAAAACCCCAAAAGAAAGUGAUUGUGCUGAGAAACAAACCAUAAUAACAAACGCAUUUCCAAAAUUGGAACGACAAUGAUGGCACAUUAUCCUCCUCCUCAUCUUCUUCUUCAUAAUCCAUCAUCAUUCGUAUCUCUCACUUCGCCACUUCAACAACGCUCGCUUUCUCUUCGAACAUUAUCACUUCCCAAAACGCUGUCGUGUCAUCUCCCUUCAUCACACAACACUUACCGUUCCAAAAUUCACUCAAAACCUUUGCAUUUUGCUCUAUCCGGAGCCCUCUCACUUUGCUUAUUCUUCGGAGGAACUCAAUUGGCUGAGGCCGCAAAAGCUGGUGUCAAUAAGCCAGAAUUGCUACCUAAAGAGUUCAGUACAGUCAUUGAUGUCGCUGGAUUCCUCUCCGAAGGACAGGAGAAAAGACUAGCACAAGAGAUCGCUGCUCUUGAAAAAGAUGUUGGAGUUAAGUUGAGGGUUUUGGCCCAAAACUACCCUGAUACUCCAGGUUUGGCUGUCAAAGAUUUCUGGCAAGUAGAUGACAGAACAGUUGUCUUUGUUGCUGAUCCCACAUUCGGCAAUAUAUUGAAUUUCAAUGUUGGUGCUUCAGUUGAUUUGGACAUCCCACGUAGUUUCUGGAGUCGCUUGGCAGGAAAGUACGGGAACAUUUUCUAUUGGAGGGAGAAGGGGGAAGAUGCGUCUAUUGAAUCAGCAGUUAUGGCAAUUUCUAGUUGCUUGAGAGAACCGGUUGGUCCUAAUAAUUGUUCUGAGGUGAAAUGACUUCUUUCACUAUUCUUAUUUCGUUAUCUGUUAACCCUCCUUGGUGUAUAGAAAUGUACUUAAAAGUAUGGAGGAUGGUACAUUAAUUUCAUAUAUUUAAUUAUAUUAUGGAAUUUAAGGAUCUUGUGUACUUCUAUGUUAAAUACAUAUGGGGUCAUGAUGCAGUGUAUUUUAAUUUUGUUGUAUAAAUAGGAGAUCUAAGAAAUUGUACAUCGAUAUAAUUUGUUAAUAUACAAACUAUGGUAUCUUAAUUCAAUGAUGUAAAUACUUUUGAA